AUGGCCGCAACUAAAUCAGUACUGGUUCUUCCUCUGGCAACCCUGGCCGCUUUAGUUCUACUGGCAGCAGCAGCAUCGUCCUUCCCCACUGCGGAAUCCCAGACCAGCUUCUCCACAAAGCUUCCAACCAAGACGCUGAUGAAGAGAGAAAAGCUGACCCACCUCCAUUUUUACUGGACCAACGUACGGAUUGGGCCCAACGCCACGGCCCUGAUCGUGGCCCCAAUCCUCAGCAAUGCGACUUUCUACGGGACGGUGGCCUUGAACGAUGACGCGCUGACGUUGGGCCCCGACCCGGACAGUUCCGCGCCGGCGGGGAACGCUCGUGGGAUCUAUCAUUUCCCUUCCGACACGACCAACUUCGUUUACGAGAUGAUGUACAGCUUCGCAUUCACGUACGGCGACUACAACGGCAGCUCCCUGUCCCUUUUGGGUUCCGUCCGACCAACCUCCGGCACCGCCAGCGAGGUCUCCAUCGCCGGCGGCACUGGGGUUUUCCGCUUCGCUCGUGGAUACGCCGUCGUGAACCCUUUCCUGGUUGACCUCCCGCGUAGCUUGGUCGUCAACGAGAUUGACGUCUACGUUUCCCAUUACUAG